AGUAUGUGCUGCUGAUGCUGCGUGACCGCUGUUGUUGACACUGCGGACCUACAAAGCUGGAGCCACCGUUCGCCUGACAGAUAUUCCUGCUUCAAUCGCAACAGUUUGAACCGCUUAAAUGCCGCCAUGUUGCCGAUUUUUCCCCCAUCCUAACACAGAGUUUUGUCCUCCGGUGGCCUGUUUGCUGCCGCUGACGGCUGCUCGGUUUACAGCCUUGCUAACCCAGAGGCUAACCUUGCAGGAAUUUAGCUAGUGAGUAAAACUGCUUAAAUCCAGCUGACGGAAUGAACGUUUCACACUGAAGACGCGCGUUUUGUCAAAACUAGGCAGGUCUGGACACCCCCGAAAUCAAGAUGGCCGUAGAGCUAGACGUGUUCGUUGGGAACACCACCAUCAUGGAUGAGGAGGUUUACCAGCUCUGGCUGGAUGGGUACACAGUGAACGACGCAGUGAAGGCGCGUAUGGACGCAGGCGUGCUGGAGGAGUGUGAGGCAGACGCAGAUGUUCUCCUUAGCGACACCAUGGACCAGUACAGGACCUUCCAGAUGUGCGAGCGCCUGCUCCAGAGUCCGGCCAAGCUCGCAAACCAGCUGCUCUUCCAGAUCACACCCCACCGACAAGUCAUGCUCAUAGAGAGGUACUAUGCCUUUGAUGAUACGUUCGUACGCGAGGUCUUAGGAAAGAAACUCUCCAAAGGAACAAAGAAAGACUUGGACGAUAUCAGUGCCAAGACAGGUGUGACCCUGAAAAGCUGCAGGCGACAGUUUGACAACUUCAAACGUGUUUUCAAAGUCGUGGAAGAGCUGAAGGGACCCCUGGUGGAGAACAUACGUCAGCAUUUCCUUCUCUCUGACAAGCUCGCAAGGGAUUACGCUGCCAUUGUUUUCUUUGCCAACAACCGCUUUGAGACGGGGAAAAAAAAGCUGCAGUAUCUCACCUUCCAGGACUUUGCUUUAUGCGCCGGGCAGCUUAUCAACAACUGGACAGUCGGGGCCGUUGACAACAUGGUGGAAGACAUGGACGUCGAUCUGGAUAAAGAGUUUUUACAGGAGCUGAAGGAGCUGAAGAUUUUAAUCGCUGACAAAGAUCUGUUGGAUCAGCACAAAAGCUUGGUCUGCACAGCUCUUAGGGGAAAAACUAAAGCUUUCGCAGAGAUGGAAGCUAAUUUUAAAAAUCUCUCCAGAGGCCUCGUCAACAUUGCCACAAAGUUAACAAACACCAAAGACGUCAGAGAUUUCUUCAUUGAUCUUGUAGAGAAGUUUAUCGAGCCGUGCCGCUCAGACCGAUGGACGGCCGCGGACAUAAAGCUCUACCUCACCCACUACACCAACUCAGCCCACAUUCUGGACCCGUUCAAACACCAGGCUGUGUGGGACAGAUACAUGGGCGUGAUCAAAAGCUGCAUCUUCAUAAUGUAUCACGACUGAGGCGUUUCCCUGGCCGCCUGCCCUCUCCUCUCCCCACUCCUUUUUUUUUUUUUUUUUUUUGUUUCCUGGCUCGUCUGCCUCCCCCAUAAAGCCGUUAUUCUCUCUCUUCAGUUCUGCUUUCUCUGCAGUAAUAUUUUUUUUAUUUUACUUUCCGUGUUGCAUUAUUGGCUCUUUCAUUGUUCAGAUGCUGUAAAAUUGGUUUAUAAAUAAAAUAAAAAAAUUCAACCGCUGGA